CACGCAAGGGUCGCAGCAGGCCUAUAGCCUAGCGCCAGCGAAAACCUCUCGCAUGGAAGGAAGGACAAACGCCGGUCGACCACGUCGUACGUGUGCGGAAGCAAAGCGUCUGAGCACAAAAAGAACAAUUUGAAGACUAUCGUGCCGUCGCACCCCGGCCCAAUAAUUCUCCUUGCGGCGUUUAAUUGUCCAGUGAUCUAGCCACAACACACGCCGUACGCUAACGCAUGUCCCUUUAAAUACCACGGCACAUCUGUCCUUAAUUUCAUAUUCCAAUCCCGUCAUUGACAAAGAUUUGCCAUUUUCCUGAGAUACUCAGAAGCUAGCUACCUCUGGCAGGGCAGAGCCCGGAGGACUUGGAGGAUUUUCCAAAUCGAGAAAGGAGACAAGGUAGCUAGUUCGAUGAAUCGGGGAUUCGAGAUGGGCAGUGACCAGGAGUGGGCGGCCAUGGAAGAGCAACACGACGGGGACGGCGAUAUCGAUGUGGGCCGUCGCGAGGACGGCCCAGCGGCGCCGGCGGCGUUAUUGAGCGGGAAGAAGCUGUGGCGCAUGGCGCGGGCCGUGCACCUGGUCCUUGCCAGGGGCCUGGGGAAGCACCAGCCCAAGCUCGCCGCGCUCGGCGUCCACCUGCACCACCUGCUCUCGCCUAUGUCCUCCUCCAUGCGCCACUGCAGCUUCGCGGCGCCGGCGCUGUCCUGCCGGUCCGUGGACGCGGUGCACGUGCACCCGUACCCGCGCAGCGGCGGCGGUCGCAUCACCGGCGGAGCAGCUUCGUCGCUGUCGUGCCGGUCCAUGGACCCCGGCGCCGCGGUGUACAGCAAGUACGAGUACCGGCCCCGCGAGGUGGAGUUCAGCUGCAGCAGCACGCCGCUCCACAGCAGGCGCCGCCGCAGGCGCCGCCGGUCGCGGCGCCGGCUCCUGCAGCAAGACGAGGACCCGGAGCAUGGGUCGGCGGCAGCGGUGACGAGGCUGUACGAUCUCAUGGACGGCGACGAAGAAGAAGAAGGCGAUGUUGUUGAGAUCAGCGGCGCCGGGGCGCCAAGGCAGGUGCGGAUCACGGACUCGCCGUUCCCGGCUGCGCGGGAGGAAGAAGACGAUGAGGCGGGUUUGGUAGACCGGCGCGCCGACGAGUUCAUCGUGUGGUUCCACGGCCAGCUGCGCAUGCAGCAGCAGCAGCAGCAGCCGCAGCGGCCCGCCGCUGCCAGGGAGCUAGCGCGCCACGUACCGGGUUAGGUAGAGCAGAGCAGAUCAGGGCCAUCCGUGCGUGGACUCGCGCAUGCAUGGACCGUCGUUGGAUACACAGUACACACAAUACGUGAUCGUUUCACGCAGGAAUGUGAAGUUGUUGAGGAGUUUGGACUGUCAUUUCGUUUGAUUUGAUUUUCUCAUUUUUGGAACAAACUCUUUCCAUGCGUUUUUUUC